GAACUGCAACACAUCUGUCACUAUCACAUCUGCGCCGGAGAGUUAGACCUGUUGCUGCUUCUGAACUGUGCAUUCACAUUGAUGCAAAGUUUAACAGGGAAUGAAAACCCGGUAUGUGCAGAGUAGUUUAAGAGGAAGCAGCGUGUAAUUAUAGCGCGGCUUUUCGCAUGAACACAUUUUCAGUUCUUGUUCUGGAGUUGUGUGUACAGUGCUCAUUUACGCACCAGAUGCAAGAACUUCAGCAGACUUGCUAAAACGUGCCAAAGAUCCUCUGAGAUGAAGUGACUAGAGGAGAUUACUUUCAUUUUUGCUGUUAAAACCUAUCAGAAGUCCUUCAUGACUGUUAUCAUCAUCAGAUGCUGUUGAUAUGAAGCAGAGUAAGCCCACAAGAAUCCCAUCAGAGACUCACUUCAUAACUGCAGGGAGAGUACGACCAGCCAAUCGACAGCCACCCUCAUUGGACAAUCUAUCUGAGCAGUAUCUGACUGGACAGUGGCCACGAGAGGUGAACCAACCCCAGACGUCCUGUAUGAGUGAUAAAGCCACACAGACGCCGGGCUUUUGGAGGGAAGAUGAAGGAGAGGUGAAAUUACACAAGCGCUCAUCAUCAUCGGGCAACGCUGACCAUCUUAUAGAGAUUGCUAAACUCCAUCAACAGCUGCAGCGCAGUUUGCAGGGAAGUCGCAGUAUUAAGGAGGAAGAACAUGGGAUGUUUGCGCAGCUGAGCCAGACUAAGCCAAAGCUGCUCUCAGCAUCUUCAUCUAAUAUGGUGCUUUCAAGACCCGUCAUAUGUAGAAUGUCCAGCUGUAGUGACUGUAUUAAUGAAGAGCUGGAGAAUGUCUUCGUCUGUGACAACUGGGGGAGGGAGAAAUACAAGGCUCUGGAGGUGCGAGAUGGCGGUCGUGCCCCUGUUCCUCCUCUUCAUCACACUCACAGCAUGGAGGCGCAGCUCACCUGCAGUCCCUGUUACUGCUGCUCUCCCACUGCAGACUCAGAGACAGAUUUUAGGAGCGAUUCACCUCUCCCUCAGCUUGCCAGCUCGCCAAAACCCAACAACAGUUAUAUGUUUAAACGGGAGCCUCCCGAGGGCUGUGAGAGAGUCAAAGUGUUUGAAGAUAUUGUUACUUGUAGGACUCAAGGCUUCCCGAUCUUCUCCUGCCCAGACAGAAACAAGGUGAACUUCUCUCCAAGCGGUUCAGCGUUCUGUCCCGUAAAGCUGCUCUGUUCGUCUCUUUUCCCAGUAGACACCACUGCUUGUUCUAGCUCUUUGGAUAAUCAGACUUCAGGACAAACAUCUGGGCCGUUCACAGGGGCCACGGUACAAAAUGGCUGCAGUAUUACAAAGUGCCUGCUGCUCAGUUAGCUUAUCAGAGCUCAGAUCUGAAAUGACCCAAGAGAGAUUUUCUAGGAAUUAUUGUAGCGACGUUUCAGCAUUUGUGAAAGCUUGUACAAAAGGACCACAAUGUUGUAAGUUGUAAGAACCUUCAUGUAACUCUUCUGGAAUGCACAAACCUUUACUUAACCUUACAGUACAUCUUACUAACCAGGUUAAACAUGAUAGAUAUGACAAUUAAAAAUAAUAACUGACAAACUGCAACUAUAAUAACAGACCCUCAAGGCAAACAGCCAAAAAUGUUCCCUCAUGCCUUAACAAAUAACUCAGGUUUAACUUCUGUUAGGGUUGGGUGAUAUAGCUUAAAAAAAAUCUUUUUGACGAAAUUAACCAUAAUUUCAACCAGCCAUUGUUGCCGAUUAGAGUCAGAGGGCUCUAUUUUCAUGAGCGCACAAAGUGCUAACUGUAAGUGCAAGUUUCCUGCUAACGCAAAGCGCAAGUGGGCGUGGGUGGAAGUGUUUGUGCUUUCUGUGGGUGUAAGCACACACUGUGGGUGUAUUGUGUUCAUGAAGUGGCACAAAGUACAGUUUGCUAUUUUCCUGAGAAAUAGGUCAUUGCGCUAAGACGUUUCAAAAGCAGGUCUGUUUUCAGCGCAAAGUCUAAAUUUAGCUCCUGCAUUUGCAGUUUGGAGAUUCCACCAGCAGGUGGUAAUAAAGUUCAUGUCCAAACUCUAAAAAAAUAUUGUGGAAUGACAAUUAGAGAUGUAGCCGUCUUAUGAAACAAAAAUGUAAGAGAUUUGCAUUGAACUAUCUAUUGGCCAUGGUUUAUUUUUCUGUUAUUAUUAUUGUGUUAAAUUUACAAUUGUAUUUAUGAUCUAAUUUGUAGCAGUAUUUUUCAACCUGUUGUCAUUGAGUGAUUUUUAAGUCACUGCUGGUGAAAGUUGGAGAGGAUAAAAUGUUUGGAUUUGGUAUAUGAUUUGUUUGACCAUUUCAUUAUUUUGAUUAUAUUUUUGUUUUUAGUUAAAUGUUUUCAUGUUUAAAUAAAUGAACUAAAUUGUUCAAAAUCGACUGGUAAAAGUGCGUGCCGAUACAAUCACUGUUAAUACUAGCCAUGAUUUGUGUGUCAGUAGAUGAAAUUUAUUAAUAAUACUUACAUUCCCUAUAAUUUAAUGGAAGCAUAUAAAUUAACAUAUAAAUUAAACAUAUAAUUUCUAAGCAUUAAAAAGGAGCGUGUCACUGUCAUAGAAAUAGUUAUAUUCUUUGAAUUAAUUGCAUACAGUCCAUUUACACUACCAACUUAUUACGAAUGUGCUGUUUUUGUUUAUAUUGCUGGUGCUUGAGGGAAUGGACUAUAUAAUAGGAUGUAGACACUGAAAUAACUGGAGAAAAACAUCCUAAUUAAAUUGCACUUGACCCAGCCCAUUAACGCGUUUUGCACAUGAUUUCGCCUAACCCACUUGCGCCUAGACUUAGCACAUGUUUGCACAAAAAUACCAAAACUUCAUGGCCAUGCCCACUGACUUUGCACUUAUGACUUAUGGCAUAGUGCUGCUCUAGUGCUCUUAAAAUAGGGUCCAAAGAGUUUGAUGCAAGAAGUAAAAUACAGUAAAAAGCUAGUUAGUAAUAUACCUAGGCAUGUUUCCCCAUCUUUUGUUUAAUGGAACACAAGGAAAAAAUAUAUUUUUUACUCAAACUUUUGAAUAUAUGAAAAAUGCCACAAGAAAACUUCAAUGAAUUAAACUUCAAUUAAAUUAAUUAGUGGUGAUGAAAACAAAUUGUUGGAUCAGAAUUGAUUAAUUGAAACGCAUAGUUGAAACUGAUCCACCGAAAUGAAUCAAACUAAUUUAAUGAAGAUUAAAUCAGAGAUGUUAUAUUAAAACAUCUCUGACAAGUCGUGAGACAAGAAAUGAUCACCAAACUCUUGUAAUGAUGCGCUCUUUAGGAAACUUAAUGGCUAGUAAAUAGCACAUGAUAAUCAUCACACUUGUGAAUAUCUGAUAUAUAUCACCCAACCCUAACUUUACAUUCUUGUGUAUCAAACAGUAAUAAUGGUGCUGUGUUUUAAGCCUUUUUGAUAGAAGUGACACUGUUAUAUAUACAUAUAACUGCCGUAUGCUCACAUUAAUGUGACGUUUUGUAAAGCAUAAUAUUUGCAUGUAUUUGGAUACAUUUUACUCCAAUCAUGUGCUUCCUGUUUUUUUAAAUACAUAAUUUAAUACAGCAUGUCAGUGGCUUAUCACUUUUUUUAUAUAUUCAUUUUGUAAUAUUAAACAUGUUUUAUAACUCAUUCCAAUCAGUGCAUAUAUUAAGAUAAUAUAUUAAGAUAAUAUUUGCAAGCAGUGAUGAUGGGCCCAAGCACAACUGGUCCAUUUCCACCUGGUGGCUUUCAGAAAACAAUGCAAGGUGGACACAUGCAUUUGGCAUUUGACAUUAUUCUAAAAAAAAUUUGAAGCAAUUUGGGUAAAUAUAUGAGGACUUUAAAGUCUGUUGUAAGAGCCACACUUCCUGCUGCCAGGUGGUGGCACUAUGACCGUGACCCAAAAUCGUCAAAUCCAUGUGAUUAGCCCCCAACAUACAUCUAAAUUUUGAUCUAAAUCACACAUUGCACACAGAAGAUAUAAGACACUUCUUGUUUCCAAUUUUUUGCCAUUAAUGCCUCGCCAUGGCAACACUGUUUGAUAUUUCCAAAUCUGUUUGCAAUUUAGCAUCUUCAGUAUCUUGGCAUAAUGUAGUCUAAAUGUGGUGACAGUCUCAUGAAUCCCCUAGGAGGAGUAUUUAAAAGUUCAGAGAAUGCAAUAUUCAAAAAAAUCCAAAAUGGACGACUUCCUUUUGGGCGGAGAUAAUAAUUAUAUUUCUGAAAGUUGUCCAGCUUGAUGAGAACUAUAUACGUACUAAUUCUGGUGACUGUAGAUAAAAAUGGGGGUGCAACAGAGGCCGUCUUACACGCCCAUUUUAAACCUGUUAACUGUCACUGGCCAACAGGUGGGCCGUUUGAAUGUGGCUAUAAAACAAAUUCUUUGUUUUAUAUCAAAAACUUCAUCAAUGUUCACAAACUUGGUAUCAAAUUAAAGCUUAAAACUCAACUUUCAUCUUCUGCAGUCUAUUUUGCAAUUAGAACAUUACAGUGAAAACAUUUAAAAAUGUUAAAAGAGCGCAUGCUGUUUUUUCUUGAAUCAUUGGAUUGGUUCAUAAGCAGAGAACAUGAAAC